AUCAAGAAAUGACUUGUAUCAAUAUUGACUCUCUUACUAGUGUUACAAAAAUAAUUAGGACUUGUCCUUCUUGUGGUCAUUUGAUCAAAUAUGAAGAAAAGGCUGGGAUUCAUAAUCUUCCAGGAUUACCAGCUGGGGUGAAGUUUGAUCCAAGUGAUCAAGAGAUUCUUGAACAUCUUGAAGCAAAAGUGAAGUUGGAUGCACACAAACUUCAUCCACUAAUUGAUGAAUUUAUUCAAACAUUAGAGGGAGAAAAUGGGAUUUGCUAUACUCAUCCAGAAAAGUUACCAGGAGUGACAAAAGAUGGCUUAGUUAGACAUUUCUUUCAUAGACCAUCAAAAGCAUAUACAACAGGGACAAGAAAAAGAAGAAAAGUACACACAGAUAUACAAGGCAAUGAAACAAGAUGGCACAAAACAGGCAAAACUAGGCCAGUUGUGUUAAAAAACAAAGUGAAAGGCCACAAGAAAAUACUUGUUCUCUAUACAAAUUAUGGUAAACAAAGAAAACCUGAGAAAACAAAUUGGGUAAUGCAUCAAUAUCAUCUUGGUGAUAAUGAAGAUGAAAAAGAAGGUGAACUUGUUGUCUCAAAAGUAUUUUAUCAAACUCAACCAAGACAAUGUGGUGGUGGUAACAAUAGCAUCAAAAAUAAUUGUCCUCCUCUUCCUCAAGUUAGAACAAGUAUUGGUCAAGUUGGAUCUCAAUUUGUUCAAUGUAAUUUCAAUCCAACUACUCUCAUAUCUUUUGAACAUAAUAAUCCGACGAUGACUACUACUCCUCGUCUUCCGAACUUCAAUAAUCUCCCUGACGCUUCAUUUAUUCCCUGACCUUUUCUUUUUAGAUGAAACAGUCACACUGAAUAAGUUAUCGAAACAAAGAGUAAGAUGGACAGGAG